CCGUUCUUACCGGAGGAGACGUCUCGAGAGGUGACAGUGCCGCGCGAAAUCUUCUCCACCGCGUUAAGGAGACGUGCUCGGACUCGUGCGUGUAGCCUGUGUGUGUACGUGUGCAUUCCCGCCAUCAUCGCGCGUAGUGGCCUGUCCCGAGUGGGGCACCCUGCCACCCCUACCCCCCCGGGGCCAUUGGACUCGUCCGACGUUUCGACGCUUCCCCGUGCUCGUCUUCUCUCCCGAAAUCCCGAGAUUGCGAGAGAUACCGGGCGAAAGGGACGCGCCGUCGCGCGGGCGAGGGAUCGCCGGUGUUCGGGAGUCAAAAUAAUGCGGGGUUACCGCGUAAACUGUCAGUUUCCACGCGGGGCUCGGGCCGCGGCCAUUUUGAAGCGGGUAAGGUAGGGAGGUGGGGGCACGCGCUUAGCCUCGUCGCCGCCGCUCAGCCCCUCCGCUCGGUCUCGGCCGUCAGACCGCCGCCGUACGGUGCCCCGUGUACCUUGUGCUCGCGCCUCUUUUACCGCGCAGGCGUGUAUUUUUCACCGGCUACUCGCGUGCCCCGCGAGUGACGUCCGCGGCCAGUGGCAUAUCUCGAGCUCGGUCCCUCCGGGCGGCUCUCUCCUUUGUCGGCCAUGUGCAUUGGGUGUGCAAUUUAAAAUGUCCUCGCACCUCGCCGCGGCCGACCAAUAGCGCGCCGGCCCCACCGGUCACGUGAUCCAACCGGGCCAAUCGGCCAUACGGGAUUUGAAAUCGUGCGUGGUCUUUGUUCACGGCUCGGCCCGUCAACGUUGCUCCUCAGUUCCGUGAACGGGGGCCCCGUGUCGGUGUCCGUCUAUACAUGGUCGCUGCCCGAAAUCGCAUUUAUUCCACGUAAAUACAUAUAUGUGUGAGACCGGUGCGUGGACACGAGGACGACGUAACCCGAGGCUCGUCGUAUACACGUCGUGUGAAUGUUGGAUACCGAGAGCAGGCACAGCACUGGGCUGGAUCAGGGACCGACGAGGGACCCUUGGCUCACGAUGGACUAUUAUUUGGGCACCGACAGUCUCUCCCUCCAGGAGAUGUUGGACGUCGACAUCAAGUGCGAGAUCGAGGGUGUCAUCGGCGGGCAUCCGGAGUUAGGCUUCAAUUUCACCGAUCUCUCGCCCUUGGAGCUGGACGACGAUCCUGUUGGGUGUCAUGCCGACUUCAACGGUUGGUUCGGCUCGACGAGCUUGCUCAACGGGAAUAGCAAUAGCUCCAACAGUAAUUUCAACCUGGACCUUAGCGGGGGAGACGCAGCGACGAUAAUGGUGAACCCAAAUUCGGUGAUGCCCCACAUGGCGGUGCGCAGUCCAACGCCCGGAAGCAAUCGCCGGCAUUUUGUCUUCUCGCCGAAGGUGGAAGUAAAAGAGGAGAAGGUGGACCUCGAUGACGAGAACGAGACCGAGAACGACGCCGACAUGGAGCACUAUGAGAACGACCGGUACGAGAACGACAUCACGGAGACCGAAGACGACGAGUCCGAGGACGAGCAGGAGGAAGAGCCCGAAAGCAUCCCGAAGCCGAAGUCACCCCAGACGGCACCUGGCGUCACUAUCAAGGCCUUAUCGCCCCAGUCGAAGGCCCACCAGGCCAGCCAGAAGGCGAAUCCUAUCUCCAGCAUUAGGCUACAAGGCUUCAAGGUCGUCCAGAGUCCCCCGCAGACCCAGCACGUCCGGAAGCAGAUCUACAACAACAAUGUACAUAGUCCUGGCGCCACGACGGUCUCCUCGGUCAAGAGGGACAAGGACUUCGAGUUGUCCGAUUACGAUGAUAAGCCUUACCCCAAGCCUGCGUACUCUUACUCUUGCUUGAUAGCCAUGGCCCUCAAGAACAGCCAGACGGGCUCUUUGCCCGUCUCGGAGAUCUACAACUUCAUGUGCGAGCACUUCCCGUACUUCAAGACGGCGCCGAACGGCUGGAAAAACUCGGUGAGGCACAACCUGUCGCUGAACAAGUGCUUCGAGAAGAUCGAGAAGCCAGCCGGGAACGGGAACCAGAGGAAGGGCUGCCUGUGGGCGAUCAACCCGGCGAAGAUCGCCAAGAUGGACGAGGAGGUGCAGAAGUGGUCGCGGAAGGACCCCUCGGCGAUCAAGAAGGCGAUGAUCUACCCGGACCACCUGGAGCUGCUCGAGAGGGGCGAGAUGAAGUACGCCGGCAGCGGCGACCUCGAGGAGGAGACCGAGAGUUCCGGGGACGAGACCACGGAAGAGAGUACUGCCUACGACGAGCCCAUCAACGGCCACGUGGCCGCGAAUUCGGUCACCGACAGCUACGACGAGAGCAGCCAGGACUGCGACGUCGACAUCACCGAGCAGGUCUACGAUGAGAUCGACAUCGAGGACAACAAGGAGUCGCUGCACAUGCAGCUCAACAUCUCGAAACGGGAGCCCUUUGAGUACGAGCUAAGCCCCUCGGCCAAGAGGCAGAAGGGCCUAGCGGGGACUCUGCAGGGCAACUACGUCUACCAGCCCGUCACGACCUCCAGGAGGAAAACGCCCCUGCUCCUCAGGGCGGGCGCCGCCACCGGGUCCUUCCUCAAGAUCGAUUGAAGAUCUAGCUUUUGUAGGCCGUAGCUUGUAAGCCGACCUCGGAUCCGAGGCGAGGUUCCUCGUGCGUCAUGCGCUGCGUUUCAACAUCCUCGAAGGCUCUUCCGUGCCUUCGUGAGAGGACGCAGCGUGUCGGGAGCGCUGGAGAAUGUUUCUCCGAAAGCGGUCUUCGGCUUCUGACGAUCUCUGGCGAUUUACUUACCGCGAGCGGGAUUUCCUUUUCGGGAUUGAUACGGCUUAGGAUGAGAGUUGCGAGGCGGAGGGACUCUUAUGGCGUGGCACCCUCGCCAGGGAUCGAAGGCUCCCAGAUGUCGGUGAUUCGACGAUCGAUUUCGAGGGAACCGAUUUUCAGAGGAUGCAGGGUUCAAUUGGAUCCUUUUCUCUUUACCUGGUAGAAGAUUCGCGAUAAAGACCUCUGGGUGGCUUCACGGCGAAACGCGAGAGUCCUUCCUUUUAGUACUCGUCGCUCAUCCUUAGAACCUUGAGUGGUCUAAGUAGAGGGAUUCUGUUAAUAUUCUGGGAAGUACUUGUAUAGGAAAUCCCGCUCGUUAGGUGGUAGAAUUGUUAAUAGUGACGCUUAGAGAGUAUCCUAUCAAUCGAUGAGCCUCGAGAGAGAACUCAUGGUCUUUGGGACCGAUGUUCAAGUAACUAUUAGGCAGGAAGUCGUACGUCGUGCCGAGGACGUACCUAAUUACAAGCAUGAAGUUUUUGUGGCGAUGCUGCACCGUUUAACUCGGUCCUUUGGCCAGAUUCUCAUUAAUCGGUCGACGAGGCAAUGUCGCGGUCCUGCGCAAUUGUACAUACAGGAUUACACUUCCUUCGAUACACGCCGAUAAUGUUCUACUUUUUGAGAUUUUCGGGAUUCCUGAGUGAUGUCGUGUGCGACAGUCAUCGAAAAGUCUGAUAAUUUGGAGAUAAAAUGCCGCGCUUCGCUAGGCUGAUUUAUAAAUCUCUUCAAUUUUGUACAAUUCUCCAUACCGUCAGGUAUGGAGGUUUCAUGACUCUUAUUUAACGUAUAUCUCUAGGAGCUUGGGUUUGAAUUUGACCAGGCGUAGAUAUCUAGUUUGGAUCGAAUUUCAAUCUGAAGUAUACAUUUGAAUUGGAUCGCGAACGGUUCGUCAGUGAUCGCAAUUGAUCGACCUUAAGUGCGAGUCGGACUUGAGCUCCAACAAGAAGUCAAGGAACAAAGGCUCGAAUCUGUCCUAGGAUUACUCUAGUACGCACGACGUGUGCGUAAAAGGCGCGUUUUCGUUGUCGUUCACUUGUCAUCCAGCGAGUCCACGACUGCUCUUGACAGACCGAAACAGACUUAAGGUUUAACUUAGCUCGUUAAGUAUUUGGUCAGCCCAUUGGCCAGACUGAUGUAUUAUACUUUUUAUACAUUGCUGGACUAUAAGUAGUUAUUGUAAAUGUUUCUUGCAAGUGUAUACCUGACGAGGCAUUGAAUUACGUAGAUUUUGCUUAUACAGGUAGAGUACAAAACGGGGAAGGCACCCGCGAAAGGAUCCGACAAUGUAAAGUUUUGUAGAAUAGCGGAGAUUUGGGAAUCGCUCGGCUUGUAAUCUAAUUUCUCGGGGGCCGACUAGACGUGUCGGCUCUUACCUCGCGACUGUAAAACACGAAGUUUCCUCAGGAUCAAAUGUCGAAUUUACCUUCCACCCGGGAAGGUAAUCGUUGCUUAAGUAACGGCGACCAGUCCGUCGCGUUCACCUACAGCACUACUUAACUUUGUAUCGUAAAUGUGUCCGAAUACGUCGGUAGGAUACUUUUUUAAUGCUGCGACCUAAUCCAGAUAUACGGAGAAUCUAUGUGGAUGAUCUGUGCUCGUUAUUCCCUGGUGAAUCAAUUUAUCUGGCCGCAGCUUUAAAAAUCCAUCUCCGACUGGAGCGACCGCGAAAGAGAGUACUGCAAUGUAUUACUAAGAUAGGGGACUGUGUACAGUUGUAUAUAAGCGAAGAGACCCAGUUAGUCGAACUUGAAUUACCGGAAGAAAGCGUUUACACUAUGACGACACGUCGCUCCGAAAUUCAUUUCUCCUACACCGUCGAGAUUGUUCUUAACGCAUUCGCGACUUCGUCACGUAUUGGGGCACCCGACGUGCCUUUUCGCCCGUGGACCUCUAUCGAACGGCUCGAUUUAACCGAGACCAAGGAAAUUACGAGCGUACUGUUAUUCUUUUUCACCUGGCGAGCCAGGUGCACAAGGCCGAUUUGCAUUUACUCAACCAGCCGUUCCACUCGUCUGACUUUAUUCCAAGCGUCGUCGUUUAGCGCGUUUCCUCCUUCGGGGCCUUCUUCAAGGGUUGGUCGUCGACUUGACAUCCUCGCGAUGGGAUCACUUUUUUGGCUUUAAGGUGUACAGAGGCUCCGUUAAAUCCGCAAAUAAUGGGACCAACCUAAUACAGUCGGUUUAAGUUUAAUCUGUAACGUGUAAGCGUCUUUAGUUUCUCAUAAGCAGGAUCGAAUCGAUUUAAACAUGAGCUUUGUAUAGACAAUGUUGUAUUCUUGUAAAUAUGAUCCUCUUUUCUUUUCUUUUUUUUUUCUUUUUAGAAUAAACAUCGGUAGCUUUUAAUUUAGACCUUCCGUUAGUUUAUUAUUAUUAUUUUUUUUCUUUUUAUACGCGCAUUAAUCUUACUCGGUUUUGUGCACACGCAGGAUUAGGGAACACCUCUGGUGGAAUAAAUAUUUGAUGGAAGUUUCAGAGAGGGUAACGUUUGGCCUAGCGCGAACUCGUGAUUCUUUUGAUGCAGAUUUCUUCUGUACGUUCGAUCGACUGAAGCGAGCACGUCGUGCAUGAUCGUGAUUUGUCUUUUUUUUUCCUUUUUUUUUUUUUUUUAGUUGAAAUACCUCUUAACGUGCGAAAUUCUUGUUUCGAAACGUCCUUAUAUUUAAUGACUUUAAUUCGAACUAAUCUGUUCGUAACUCGAUUCAUUGUAUAUAUCCAUGACAUUGUGUGAUUAUAUUAAGGUAUAUUCCUUCCGUAACGCACGGCACAGGAUAACAUGUUUCUUGAGAAAUUUCGAUGCUACAGGUUCUACCUAGCUUGGUGAUAUUAAUUUCCGAUCACGAUAAGGACACGUUUCAACUUUUUUAAAUUAUCUGUCACAGGUGCUUACCGGCAUAAUUACGAUUAUACGAAUCUAAUGCAGAGCGAUUAUUCAGGUGUGUGGCAUCAAAGUGUACCUAUGUCCAAAAGAAAAUAAAUAAUUGGGUGUCAAUCUGAAAAUUCAA